GCGAGUCGCGUCUCCGUCUCCGUUUCCCAUACAUACACUCUCACACACACACACACACGCACACACACUCGCAUACUUAUUAUAUUGUCCGUGGUCGUGGUCGACGUCGUCGUCGUCGUCGUCGCUGCUGCUGUCGCUGUCGCUGUCGUCGUCGCCUGCCACGUUGCUUUGCGUUGCGUUGCGUUGCGUUGUGUCGAACUCGUGUCGUCGUCGCCGCUCAGUCGAGGUCGUGGUCUCGCAUGAAGCGGUCGACAAAGUCGCAUCCUCCAUAUUUCUCUCUCAGUCUUAGUCUCAGUCUCAGUCAGCUAUAGUCGAACGAAACAAACAAAUAAAUGAACACACACGUUCUUCUCGUUUCUCGUUUUGGCAAUCGCAUCUUCAACACUCGACGACGUCCGGUUUGUUGUUUUUUUGUUUUGUUACCUCUUCAGUCAGUGCCACGUGCCACGACGUUCUGUUAUUGUCUCUGUUGAGUCUGUUGAAUCCGCGCAAAGGCUAAAUAAUAAUAAUAAUACAAAUCUAAAAAAUAAAUAAUUAAAUCGCAUCGCGUUUAGGCCGCGGCCAGCUCCAAAGAUCGCAAUCGCCGCAUCGAUUGUUCGUUUUGCAUUUUUUUUUUGGUGCAUUUCACAUCAAUAACAACCACAACAACAACAACAACCAUUUUUUUUCGGUGCAAUCUUUUCGAAUUAAUUGAAGCUCCUCUCUCCACGAUGAGCCUAAUGACUUUCCGAAAGUAUUUAAAAGACUCCUCAUCUUCGUCCUUCUCCUCCUGCAAACUCUAGUCAAGUCCAAGUCUCCGCCUUCCAUUAAGAAUUGUGCUUAAUUUCAUUUUGUGGACCAAACAAAACUUUUGUGCAAGCCACAAUUAAAAAUAAACAAAACCAAAAAACACAAAAUAAAACACGCAAGCAUCGAGUUAACUGGAAUUGUCUCUAAAAAUAUAUGCAUAACCUGAAGUUUUGGAGCAGUGGCUAAAUUGAAUGAAUAUUGAAUGCGAAACGAAGUGCACACACAACUCGAGUGGCUCCCAUCAAUAAAUCAAUGUGCUAGCAAUAAUUUUACAUGCAUAUAUAUUUAUAUCAAAAAUAAAGAGAGAGAGAGAGAGAGAGAAAGAGAAAGAAAGAGGGAAGUGCAAUAAGAAAGAAAUUUCUAAAUCAAAUUCUAUUUUCAAAUUGAAUUUUAAAUGCAGACAGAGAAGGAGUUCGAAAACAAAACCGACAAUAUUUGCCAACAAAAUCGAAAUACGAAAUCGAAGUAGUGACAACAAAAAGUAAUCAAAACUUGCCAAAGCAGACGACGACAAAGAACAAAAAAAAAACAAGGAAAAAAAAAACAGACAAACACAUAAACAAAUAAAUAAAACGGAAGCGCAGCAGCUCUCGACGACAACAAAAAAAAAAAAGUGAUAGAAAAAGGCAGCGAAAGACCAAAAACAAAAACAAAAACAAAACCAAAAACAAAAACAAGAACAAAACAAAGCAGAGCGUCUCAUGCAUAAUAUAUGUGUGUGUUGUUGCAUGCAACAACAACAACAACAACUCGCAACAACUCGCAGCAAUUGAAGAGCAAUCAAUCAUCGAGUGUCCCGAUAACCGAUACCCGAUAACCGAUCAAAAAGCAAACGAAAACCGUUGACAGACAAACUUGUAAAAACGUGAAGGUCAACGACCGACCAGAGGAGAUGCCACAAAUGUGUUGCAUGCAAACACCUUCUUGCCGCUAAGACGAUUCCAUAGAUAUUUUCUCCUUACACACACACACACACACUCGAACACACACACACACACGUUUCUCUCUCGAUUUCCGCCCGCCAAAAAAAAAGAAAUUCUCGAAUUUUUAUUCGUCUCUGCUUUAUUUUUGUUGAUAAAUGGCAAAGCCAAAAAAUUUUGCGGCUAGCCAAAAGUAAAAGUUUCCGCCAAGAGAGCGACAGAGAGAGAACAAAGAGAAGGUGGCACUGAUAAGGACAACAACCCAAUAAUAAAAGCAGCGCAACAACCAGAACCGUCCCAUCAAGCGCAGAAGUGGCAUUAGCAAGCGUCAGCAGACUUUCAUAAAAAAGCCAACACACAAGCAAAAAAAAAAACAACCAACCAAAAGGGAGGAAUCGAGGAAAAAAAAAACCGAAAACAAUUGCCGUAGAAAAUUGUUUUCGUACGUUUCGCUGUUGUUGGUCAUUCUCAACUGCUGCCAACAAGCGUAUCUCCGGCUCGAGUGUUGUUUUUUUUUUCCUCCUUUGGCUGCUGAUUAUCGAUUGCGCCCUUCGUCGACCGUCUGAUCGAUGCGCCAUAUGUCUUGCUAAAGUGCCAGAGAGAGACGGAAGGUUGGCCACCGCAUGCCGCAUGCCACAGGUUGAGGUUGAGGUUGAGGCUGCAAAAAGAUUUUGAGAGCUGACAACAACAAUUAAAUGGCCAUCGAUCGAGCUGCUGACUGCAUGGAUUGAAUUUGCCACCCAAAAGCGGAACAACAAACAGCACAGAAGUUGCCACACACAAACAAAGUGUUAGAGAGAGAGAGAGUGAGUGGAAAACCAAAAGACAAAUAGAGAAAGAGAAGAAAGAAACAACAAAAUGAGAAUGAGUUCAACACAGAAGACGCACACAUCGAUAACGGGCAGCAGCUGCUGCUGUUGCGGCUUCAGCUGCUGGCGGCUGACCUUUGCCCUCGGAUUCCUUAUGCUAAUCAUGCUGCCAGCCUGUUCCGCUGGUCCGCAUGAGAAGCGUUUGCUUCACGCACUGCUGGACAACUAUAACAGCCUGGAGCGUCCCGUGGUCAACGAAUCCGAUCCAUUGCAAUUGAGCUUUGGCCUCACUCUAAUGCAAAUCAUCGAUGUGGAUGAAAAAAAUCAGUUGCUCAUCACAAAUAUUUGGCUGAAAUUGGAAUGGAAUGAUAUGAAUCUGCGUUGGAAUUCAAGUGAAUUUGGCGGCGUUCGCGAUUUGCGUAUACCACCGCAUCGAUUAUGGAAACCGGAUGUGCUCAUGUAUAACAGUGCGGACGAGGGAUUCGAUGGCACCUACGCCACCAACGUGGUGGUACGUAACAAUGGCAGUUGCCUUUACGUGCCGCCUGGCAUCUUUAAGUCGACGUGCAAAAUUGACAUCACCUGGUUCCCCUUCGACGAUCAGCGUUGCGAAAUGAAGUUCGGCUCCUGGACCUACGAUGGCUUUCAGUUGGAUUUGCAAUUGCAAGAUGAGGCUGGUGGCGACAUCUCAAGUUUCAUAACCAACGGCGAAUGGGACUUGUUAGGUGUGCCCGGUAAACGUAAUGAAAUCUACUAUAAUUGCUGCCCAGAACCUUAUAUUGACAUAACAUUCGCCAUUUUGAUACGACGCAAAACUUUAUACUAUUUUUUCAAUUUGAUUGUGCCGUGCGUAUUGAUCGCCUCGAUGGCACUGCUAGGUUUUACACUGCCACCAGAUUCUGGUGAGAAGCUAUCGCUUGGAGUUACUAUUUUACUAUCGCUCACAGUCUUCCUGAAUAUGGUCGCGGAAACGAUGCCAGCGACAUCCGAUGCCGUGCCUCUGCUCGGAACUUAUUUCAAUUGCAUUAUGUUUAUGGUGGCCUCAUCAGUUGUGUCAACCAUACUUAUCCUCAAUUAUCAUCAUAGAAAUCCAGAUACGCAUGAAAUGAGUGAAUGGAUAAGAGUAAUAUUCCUUUAUUGGUUACCUUGCAUAUUGCGCAUGCAAAGACCCGGACAGGUUGGCUACGAAUGCCCGCCGCCGCCCUCGUCGUCGGGCUCAUCGAACGCUGGCGACAAAAAGCAACAGAUCCAAAACGUUGAGCUCAAGGAAAGAUCUUCGAAAUCGCUGCUCGCCAAUGUGCUCGACAUUGAUGACGACUUCCGAUGCAAUCAUCGCUGCGCCAGCGCCACAUUGCCCCAUCAGCCCACAUACUAUCGGACAAUGUUUAGGCAAGGCGACGAUGGCAGCGUCGGUCCCGUGGGUCCAGUUGGUCCUGUUGCCGCCGUUGCCGAUGCACGAAUGCACGAGGCCAUCUCGCACACCUGUCUCGGCUCAUCGGCGGAAUACGAACUGGCGCUGAUACUCAAGGAGCUGCGUUGGAUAACCGAUCAGCUAAAAAAAGAGGAUGAGACAGGCGACAUAACGCGAGACUGGAAAUUUGCGGCAAUGGUCGUGGAUCGCUUGUGCCUUAUUAUUUUCACGCUUUUCACCAUUAUAGCCACGUUGGCGGUGUUGUUUUCGGCGCCACAUUUCAUUUUCCCAUAAAUGGCUUCACACUUAACUGUCAACGAUCUACGCAAAUCUCAAUACUUCACUUCAAGUCGUACAAAAUAUUGUUUCUACUUUUGUAAAAGAGAAAAAGAAAACAAACAACAACAAAGCAGAAAAACAAAAAAAAGAAAAAAAGAAUGUAAAACCCACACAAUAAUGAUCAAAACCGAAAAAAAAUGUAAAGAAUACAUAAACGAGUAAAUGCUUUUCAACUUCAACUUCUUCUUCUAAAAAAACCAAAAAUUAAAUUAAACCUUAUACUUAUAUUUUACUUUCAUCAAUAAAAAUAUGAAAAAUUGACUUUUUCAACAAAUUGUACGACAGUUUGUUUUUGAUUUAUUCCGAAUCUUCUCGCCUUUCGUUUCGUUUUUCGUUUUCGACACACAAAAAUUAUUGUAAAAUAAUUAAUUUUGCUAAUUUGUUCAACCGUUUUUCCUUCCUACUUCAAGUUGGUUUCUUGUUGGUAUGAUUUUGAUUUUUUUAGUAUGUAAAAUAGUGUAUACAAAUAUGUUGCUGUGAUAGAAAAAUGAAUGAACAAAACGUAAACCAGUCACAAUAAAUUUCAAAUUCAAUGUGAACAAGCCACAAACACAAACACAUACAUUUACACACACACACACACACACAGACAACACUCACACACAUACAUAUGCACAGUCAACUUAUAUCUUAUAUAUAUAUAUUUAUUUUUUGUUUUAAACUGAACAACGCUCUGAAAAAAAAAAAAAAAUGCUGAACGAUGUUCCGAAAUUUAAAGUGUUCCGAUUCCGAGUUCAUAAAAAGUCGCACAUUAAUGCAAAAACCUGAUUAUGUAUAUUUAUUCACACACAUUCGAUAACUAUAUAUGUCACGUUCCGAAUUCCAAUUUCACUGCAAAUGCGAAAUUGUGGCGAAUUCGAAAAGCGGAACAGCACAAAUGCAAAAACCUGAUUAUGUAUAUCAUCUAUUGACGCAUUUGAUAACUUAUAUGUAUAGAUCACGUUCCGAAAUGCAAUUUCGCUGCAAGUGGCGAAAUUGUGGCGAAUUUGAAAAGCGGAACAGCACAAAUAGAAUAUAUAUAUGUAUGUAUGUGUUCAGUAUCGACUUAUUUAAGAUUUCCACAAGCACAAUUUGCACCGCAUUCAAUUCAAUUUCAAUUUUAAAGACGUACGAAUAACGAAAACUGAAUUCCAAAAACGAUUCGUUUCGAUAUUGUUGAAAUUAUGUUAUGAAUACUGAAAACCAAAACCAAAAACUGAACAACUGAAUACAGAAUACAGAAAACAGAAAACAGAAAAACAACAUGGCCAAAAGAAACUAAACAAAAUAAAAAAAACAUAACCACAACAGAAGAAAAACCGAAGAAACCAAAAAACAAAAGCUUAACAAAACGGAAAUGAAACGCAACGCAAAGAAAUGAAAUGAAAUGAUAUGGAAAUGAAACAGCUAAAUAUUGUAUUGUAGUAGCAAAAACGAUGAGAAAAAGAUCAAAGCGAUGUAAGCGAAUGAGUCUAGAAGUCGAAAACAAAGUAUAAAGUUAACUAUUUUUAAAUAUUAUAUAUAUACAUACAUAUAUAAACGAGUCGAAAAUAAAAAAAUAUAUAUAUAUAUAUAUUAACGGAAUGUAGCGGAAUGAAACAGAAACAAAAUGGAAAUGAAAUUUGCAUAAUGAAAAUCCAAGUAAUGCUUAUAAAAUAAAAACAACACACAAAAAUUUGAACCACAAAAAAAACAAAAAAAACAAAACACACACAAAAAGUAAAUAAAUUAUUAUAAUUAAUAACAGUACAUUUAGACGUAAGUGUUAGAUAAAGCAUUAGAGCGAAAGGUUAGUCAAAUAUACAUAUACAUAUGACAAUUAAUUAAGCAUACACACAUACACACAAUAUUAUAUAUAUAUACAUACAUAUAUACCAUACACACAUAUAUACAUAUAUAAAUAUAGAAUCUAAUGAAUUUUUAAACGAAAAACAAAUUUCAAAACAAAGAACAGCAAAAAGUUAACAGCAAAUUCGUGCGUAGCGUAAAACAAACAACAACAAAACCAACAUUAACAACAAAUGUAUUCAGACUACAGACAAAAGAACAAAAACAAAUAUUAAUAACUGAAAAACCAAAACAAAAAUAAGUUUAAAAACAAUACACACAACAAAUUUUUGUGUUUUUUUUUUUUUGAGUUAGUAAAGAGAAAUAGACAAUUUGUAUGUAUUUUGCUUUGCAUAAGGCUUAUAACACAUGAUAUAGGGGCAAAAAAAGAAGAAACCUUUUCAGACAGACAGAAAUCCAAGAGAAACAAAAACAAAAACAAUUACGCUGUAAACGAAUUAUAAUUUCUUGUGUCACAUUGACAUGCUUCUUAUAUAAUCAAGUACUAAGUAUUAGCUAUACACGAUAUACAUAUACAUAUAUAUAUAUAUAUAUACUAUAUAUACUAUAUAGAUUAGAUCGGCAAAUCAAACUUGAUAGUUCAGUGUUUGUUUUUGUGUUUUUUUUUUCUAGCCACGUAAGCUAUACAAUAAUAACUGUAUUUUUAUAGUGAAAGCAAAACACACACACACACACACACACAUAAAAAUAGUAAUGAAAUUGGAAAAAACUAUAUGAGGCAGCCAGAAAUAAAUUCAAUACAAAUCAAAUGCAGCUGCAAAAUCCAAACACCAAAAAAAAACAAAUUAAAAAAAAAGCUACUAAGGGCUAUGCACAAAAGCAAAGGUCUUCCUUAAUCUUAAAACCAAAAAACAAAAAACGAAACCAAAAAACAAUCUGCAAAAAAAAAAACAAAGAAAAGAAAAGAAAACACAUAAAUCAAUUACUUACUAUAUAUGUACAUAUUAUACUUAAACCAAGCAUUAAACACAACGUUAAACACAAAAGAAUUAAACAACAACCAAAACUAAAACGCAAACAACUUAAAUUAAACUAAUUGCAUGAGAACUUUAAACUAAAUUGUUCGAAAAAUUAAACUGAUUUAAAUUAAACGAAAAUUAAAAAAAAAAAAAAAAAGAAAAAAAUAUUUAAACAACAAGAGUUUAACGAAUAUAUCCGAAACUGUUAGCCGUCUGUUAGCCGUUACAGCGGAGCUUUUAGCGUCGUCUAGCGGCUGCACAUAAAGCUCUGCUCAAGUUUCGAGACAAACACAAAGACACAAUACACACACACGCACACACAUGCAAACGCAACAGCCAUAAACAUAAGCUUGUUGGUCGAAAACUUGCAUUAGGUCGAAAAGCUAACUGCUAUAAAAGCGCGUAGCAUGCGAAAGCUGACUGUUACAAGAGUUGCUAACAGAGCGCUGUUAAAGCUGACUGUUACAAGAGUUGUUCACAUAUGCUAACAGAGCGCUGUUAGCUUUACAGCAGAAUGAACUGUUUUUAACAUUUCGGCCUGGAAUUAAAUGCAAAUAUCGAAAUAAAAUAAAAUUCAAUUCCAUUCAAUUCAAUAAAUGAAUACAAUUAAAUUCAAAUUCAAUUUGCUAACUGUUAUUCAGAAUUUCUCCAAAAAAAAGCUCUCAUCUUUGCAUAAAUUUUGUGGAAAAUUACUUCAACUCAAGCGCAAGACCAAAAAAAGCUGGCUGGCUGGCUGUUUGCAGGCAAGCACUCUUAAAAAAAAAAAAGAGUGCGCGGCGGCUAACUUAAAAAAACUA